AUGGCAAAAUCAUCGAUUGAUAUAUAUGAAAAAUUACAUGACUAUGAAAAUGCAGAGGAGAUGUCUCAAAUGUUAGGUGGUGGCGGUGGUGGUGGUGCCAAUCAGGAUCGAGUAGCUAAUGAGUACGAACACGAUCCAGCGUUUGGACCACUACCAAUCUUUUUCUAUCCGAAUCAAUUUACAAAGUACAGUCAGUUGUUGACUGCAACCGAUCCACUAUCUGUUGCUCUUUUAACAGCUACUUUAACCAUAGCAGUCUUGGAACAACCAAUUGGCGAUUCUAUAACAUGUUUUUAG